GGCCGCUCUCGCGUUUGGCGAUGGUUCGUCGUUUUGUUUGUGUUGGGCGCUAGAGGAAUUUUUUGUUUACCUGCCGGAGUGGACUGUGGAUGCAGUGUUUUUCGUGUGUGUGAAAAUGUGAUGGACGUCUAUGGUGAAUUUCCGUGAAACGUGUGCGGCGCCGCUGCGCGAAAUGAUUGGGAUUAUCCAGCGGAGAUGUUGCGCGUUGCGACCGCCUGUCGUCCUGCUGCUGCUGUCGGCGUUCACCGUGGCGCCGAGUCUGGCCGCUGUACAAGGCGUGCCGGUGGCGGAGCUGGUGCUGACGGCCGAGCCGCAGGACAUGGUGGUGCUGCCGGGGCGGCCGGCGCUGCUCAACUGCGAGGCGGAGGCGCGCAGCGCCGCGCACAUCGACACGCAGCCGGUGGUGAGCUGGCGCGGCGGUGACGGCCAGACGCUCUCGUUCAUCGGCGACACCUACCGCUCCAAACUGCCCAACGGCUCGCUGUACAUCAGCGCCUUCGGGGAGGAGGACGACGUGGCGCCCGUGGCCGAGUACCAGUGCCUCGUGUCGCUGGAGGGGGUUGGCUCUGUGGUGAGCCGGACGGCGCGGCUGCAGCUGGCGACACCCGCCAAGAUCGUGCAGCAGCCCGCCGACCUGCGCGUGUUCCCUGGGCAGACGGCGCACUUCGCGUGCGUGACGCAGCCCGUGCCGGGGCCCGGGCGCGCGGCCGGCCCGCACGCCGCCUGGCUGCGCAACGACCGGCCGCUGCUGCUCGACCCCGCGCGCAUGCUCGUCAUGCCCUCGGGCGCGCUCGAGAUCGACGAGGUGCAGGCCUCGGACCAGGGCGCCUACCAGUGCAACGCGACGGGCCCGGCCUCGGGCGUGCUCAGCAGCAAGGCCUCGCUCACCAUCAACAUGGAUAUAGAAGCGGGGGAGAGCAUCAUGGCGCCGGUGUUCAUCGCCACCCCGAGGUCCACCGAGGUGAUGGCCGGGAAGAACGUCACCCUGGACUGCGCGGCCAACGGCAACCCUCGGCCGGAGAUCAGCUGGCUGAAGGACGGUAUCACCAUCGAUAUGGCGCACCUAGACAGUCGGUUCCGCAAAGUUGGAACGGGUAGUUUGCAAGUCCUAAAUGUCGAGGAGUCAGAUGCUGGGGACUACCAGUGCAGAGCCGAGAAUCGAGAGGACUCGGUUGACGCUAGUGCUACUUUAGAAGUACUAGUUCCCCCACGAUUUAUCAAGCAGCCUCAGAACAAAGUAGCCGUGGAAAAAGAUGAUCUAGAAUUGGAAUGUGAAGUGUAUGGAAAACCAGAACCAAAAGUUUACUGGGUGAAAAAUGGAGACAUCAUCACCCAAAAUGAAUACAUACAAGUUGUUGGAGGGUAUAAUUUGAGAAUUCUGGGGCUCAUGAGCAUGGAUUCAGGCAUUUUUCAAUGUAUUGCCACCAACCCUGCUGGAAACAUACAGGCAGCUGCCAGAUUAACAGUAGUUAGCUCAGAAUCCGAAAUUUCCUCUCCUGAUAAUACCUCCAGUACCCUUCCUCCACGUUUUACUGUCUCCAGUAGUAGUAGUAGUAGUAGUAGUUUGAAAAUUCAUAACACUCUUUCCUCUCGUGCCUUGCCUCGACCAUCCCAUGCACCCCCACCUCUUCAUUCUGAACCACACGAUAUCUUUGACCCUUACAACAAUGAUGACGACGAUGAUGAUGACGAAAACGAUGAUGAUGCGGAUGAUGGUGAUGAUGACGACGAUGAAUAUGAUGGUGAAUUGGAUGCAACAAACACAGCUGGUGGAGAUUCCCAGUCAGGUAGCUUUGAUGAAGUGAGGGGGAGUGAAAUCCCUAUGAGGUUACCUGGCACACCAUCAGAGCCAAGAGAUUUAGAAGCUGUGAUUGUGACAACAAGAUUUGUCACACUUCGAUGGAAAGAACCAGAAGAAAAAAAUGGAGACAUUGACACAUAUUCUGUGUUUUAUCGUCAGGACGGUUCUCAAAGAGAACGAGUUAUGAAUACAUCGAGAUCUCGACUAGAGGAAGCAAAUGUUCCAGGGUUACAACCUGAUCGUAAAUAUGAUUUUCGAGUUGUUGCUUACAAUCAAGUAGGAAUGGGCCCAAGCAGUCCUACCAUCACUGUCACUACUGCUCCUGAGGUUCAUGUACCUAGUCCUCCUUUAGACCUUGUUGCCAUUCCUCUCUCACCAAAAUCCAUUCUAAUUAAAUGGAGACCACCAGUUAACUCCGAUGGACCCAUUUUAAAUUACCGACUUUUCUAUAUGGAGGGGGAAUCUGCUGAGGAACAUCAUGUAGAAACCAGUGAAACUCACUAUGAGUUAACCGACUUAGAAGAGUAUACUGAAUACUGCAUUUGGGUUAUUGCGACAAAUAAGAAUGGACAAGGGGCAAGCACUGAAGAGGUAACGGCACGGACACUGUCGGCACCUCCAAGUGAUUACCCUCAAAAUGUAACUCUGGAAGCAGCUGGGUCAACAAGUGUAACUGUACGAUGGGAACCUCCUCCGAAGGAGGGCCAGAACGGCAUAAUAACUGGUUAUAAACUGCGGUACCGGAAGAAAGAUAGAAGAAGUGGAAAAGGUGACACUGUCACAGCUGCUGGCAAUCGCAGAUUGUACACUUUGACCGAUCUAGAGAGAGGCUCUGUUUACAAUGUGCGUCUUUAUGCAAUCAAUGUAAAUGGAACUGGUCCUCCAACUGAAUGGUACACAAUCGAAACCUAUCAAAAAGAUUUAGAUGAAAGCAGUGUUCCUGAUAUCCCAGCCAUGCUGAAGUUGCGCCCAAUGGUUGAUUCUAUGCAAGUGUCAUGGCUCCCUCCCCGUGAUCAAAAUAUUAAAGUCAGAGGCUACACAAUUGGAUGGGGUAAGGGAGUCCCUGAUGUGUACAGCCAACUGUUAGAUGACAAAGCAAGAACUUAUACCAUUGAAGAGUUAGAACCUAAUUCGGAAUAUGUUAUAAGUGUGAGAGCCUUUAAUGAAGUAGGUGAUGGACAGCCAAGAUAUGAGUCUAAUCGUACCCGAGAAGAAUCAACACCCGAGCCUAUGUCUCCUCUGAUACCACCUGUUGGUCUGAAAGCAAUAGUUCUAUCUGCCACUAGUGUUGUUGUCUACUGGACUGACACUACUCUAUCCCAGAGCCAGUUUGUAACUGAUAACCGCUAUUAUGUGGUGCGUUACACAUCAUUCCACUUGAGCCAACGUUAUAAAAACACAACUAACCUGAACUGUAUGAUUGAUGAUUUGAAGCCACACACACAAUAUGAAUUUACAGUGAAGGUUGCUAAGGGUCGUCGUCAAAGUCCGUGGAGCAUGGUGGUUUUGAAUACCACUUUAGAAGAUGCACCUGCCUCUUCACCAAGAGAUCUAACGGUUGUUGGUGUUGAUAAUCAUCCAUCCUCUGUUAAUCUCAACUGGCAACCACCAAAUAAACCGAAUGGAGAAAUUAAAGGAUACACCAUUUACUACACAACUGAUAUUACAUUGCGGGAUCGUGAUUGGGUGGUUGAAUCAGUAACUGGAGACAAAAUGACCACAACAAUUAAAGGGCUUACUCCUAGUACAACUUAUUUCUUCAAAAUUCAAGCAAGAAAUAGCAAAGGUCCUGGUCCAUUUUCUUCCACUGUUUCGCUGACUACUUCUACAAGCUCUAUUUCAACUAACGAUGUUGGCGCAAUGAGCAAAGAAAACCGAGGAUUGAAUGGAACAAUGCUAGUGUAUGUUAUUGUUGGUGUGGUCGGAUUGAUUAUUCUUGUUGCUGUAAUUGGUGUGACAGUAGUUUGCUGUAAGCGGUCUGAACAGGGCCAGGAGAGAAGUAAAAAAGGAUAUAUGAAAGGAAACACCAAGACCUCAAAGCCUGACAUAAAACCGCCAGACCUCUGGAUUCAUCAUGACCAAAUGGAGUUAAAAAAUAUGGACAAAUGUGGGAAUAAUCAUGGGAACCCUAGUGGAGAAACAUCGUCAUCAUCAUCUCAUACCUUGGCUACAACUUUGCCUAGAUCAGGUGUUUCAAAUACACAUCAAGACUAUUCUUCAGAUGGACCUCCUAAAUAUCAACAUCACACUAACUCCUUGGAUAAGAGGAACUACAUCUCGUCUUAUGUUGGCAAUUCACUGAACCACUGUGAUGAAAAAUCCUCUACCACUCGUCACAUUAUUAAAGCCAAACCCAUAAUAUCUUUGCCAGUGGAUUGUGAACCAUUGAGAGAAUCUGUGGCCACAGCUACGCCAAUCCCCAAUGGAAACAUGCCGCAGUCUCAAACUGAUGGCCGACCCCACUACCCCCGCACCCAGUACUCCAUGGCUCGUGCACAUGUGACUAUGGACCCUUCAGGCCAAACGUCUGAAAGUCCCUAUUCAUUACAAGGUGGAUAUGACACAGUUUCUAGUAUACCAGGUGGAGUCGGUGCACCUGGGCCACCCAUAUUACAUCAUACUCCAAAUCAUACAUCAACUUACAGUCCUGGACUAAAUGCCCAGCAGUUACCUCCACCAUUACAAGUGGGUCAGUCACCAGCAUCUCAACCAGGCCUGGCAACUGUUCAAGAAUGUAACUCAUCAUCGUCCAGUAGUGCUGGCAGUACUGUGGGGAGUACGAUCGGGCCGAGUGUCGGGAAUGCAGGUGCCAAACGGUUGCAAGGACACCCACUCAAGAGUUUUAGUGUCCCGGCACCUCCACCUCCUCCUCAAUCUGCUCCUUGUACGCCUCAACACAGUUGUAUUGGCUCUGUAGCAGGAGUUAGUGUUAGGCCUCAUCAAGGCUCAAGUCCCUAUAAGAAGCCCAACCUUGUGGCAACAGUAACAGCUGUACCAAUUGGAGGCUCCAGGGUUGGAGCAAUCAACCCUACUAUGAGUUCUGGUCUUCAUGACCCGGGUAGAUUACAGCCUUCAUACAGUACCGAAGAAUUAAACCAGGAAAUGGCAAAUUUGGAAGGACUCAUGAAGGAUUUAAAUGCAAUAACAGCCUCAGAGUUUGAAUGUUGAGGUGCUAAGACAUGUCAUUGUAUAAUGUUCCAUAUGUAUUUUAUUGAAUCAAAGUUCCUGUGUUCCUAAUGAAGUAAAUUGUAUGAAUAAUGUCAAAUAAGAAUAACAGAUACAGUUGCACUGUGAUCUAAAGACUGUAAGUGCUUUGCACGGGAAGCAUUAUUGUAGGAAUUUUCUCCUUGUGCUUUUUUUUUUUUUUUUUAUUUAUGACAAGAAGCCUUAUGUUCAACUCAGUGAGUUACAUAGUCUUGCUGUUUUGUUGUAUACACAAGCCUGAAAAAAUUAAACUAGCUAGUUAAUUUCCAUGUCAGGUGUGUAAUAUAUGAAUAUAUAUUAAAGCAGUCCAUAAUUUAUGGAUCCUAUGGAAAUUCUGACUGUCAGAUUCUGAAUCUCGGUGAAAGAUAGAUUACCAAAAUUUGAUGAAUUUAUGUUUUUCAAUACCAAGCAAUGUUGUUGGUGCAUUAAUAUUUACUUUAUUUUUAAUUUCUUUGGUGAUAUAUGAUUAAUUUGAUUAUAGUGUCUGGCAAUAUCUCACAAAUGCUCAGUGCUUAGUACUGUAUGUCCUGUAUGGCAAGUUUUUAACUGACAAGGCUCAAACUACUGGGUUACCAGUAGAUGUACCGAAUUACACACUCUUCACUUACUGCAGGAUAGUGUAGAUGACUCCCUCUUUAUUUUCUCACAUUUUAAGGUACCAUGAUCGUCUUUUAGUGUUACCAAGCCAGUAUUUAACCGUCAGGUCAAUGUGUUUAACAACUAUUGUAAUGUUGAAAUUUUCAAUGAAUGGCACAUCUUCAUCCAUUAAAAUCAGCAAGUCAUGGAAUAGAUGUGUUAAAUCAUUGUUACUCCAUUUCUGAAAUGGUUGACAAACAAUCUCACUGCCAUGUGCUCACCAGUCUGUGCUGGAGUACUGUAUUUUGCCAUUAUUUCACUGCCGUGGAGUUGUGUAGCUUACAAAUGUAAAUGUAAUGGGUAUUUUGUACCAAGCUAAUGAACUGACAAUUUAAUUGUAUGAAUGAAAUUAUGAAUGUGACAGAUGUGAAUCUCUUUGUAUGUUUGUAUGUGCAUCUUGUAUUUAAUAAGAACUCUCCAGUGUAAAUGUGUUAUACAUAUGUUUUUUGAUAAUGUCAAUAUGUGUGUUUAGGAAUCAAUUUGUCCCACCCCAAGUCUCAGUAUGCCUUGGGUGUGCUCUGCCAGUAUUUGUCUUUCUUGACAAACAUUUUGUACAUAAACUUUAAUUAUUUCUGAAUAUUGAGCAGCUCAUUUGCUAUUAUACAUUUUGAAAUUUGCAGAUUGGUUCAUUAUUAUCUUUUUGGCAUUUAGAAGACUGACAAGAUCUAUUUGCUGGGUUAUUUUGAAGUGGGCCUGUCAUUAAUUACUCAUAUUUAAUGUUACCAUGUUCUCAGAGUCCUUUUAUGAGGAACCAUGGCAAUAUAGUUGGUUACCAGUUGUUCAUUGGGCAGCUUCCUUUUUUAUAUUUCAAGGUUGUGUUUUUAUUUCUCUCUUUUUCUUUUUGUUGUUUUGUCUUAGACAAUGUCCUUAUGUUUAUGUCAAUGUUUUCUUUUGUGUUACCUGCUUUUGGGUAGAUUUGAUUAAUAUAGAAGUGAUAACAGUGGCUACAUGGAUGUAAACUUAAAGUAUGAAUUUCACUUUACUGUUGCUCUCUAUAGUAAUUUAGAUUUUUGUACGGUGUAUUAAAUGCGUGCCUAAUCUUAUGCAAUAUCAAGUGUAAGAAGAGAAUUUUAUUUUUCAGGAAAAAUAUACCCCAUUGAGUCUAUAGGCUUACUAAUUCCCCAUUUAAAAUCAUGAGGCUUAUGACAUCACAAAUAUCAUCAAUUUUAAAAUAUUCUAGGUUUUGUGUUAAAAUUAAGAACUGAACACAUGUCUUGUCUUGUAAAUUUAUGUACAGAUUUUCCCAUACAGAACAUUGUUGGAAUGUCCAACUGUGUUGUAAUUUAAGGUAAUUAGUCAUCAUCACACAAAAUUAAUAUAAAUAAAGAAAAAUUCUAUGCAA